AUGACGGACAUGAUUCUGCCCAAGGGCAUUGUUUUUAAUAGAAACACUAUUUACGAGGAGAUAGCAAAGUACGACGUUGUUCCACUAGAGAAGAUACAUGCGGCUUGUCAUGUUUUCACCACGACAUCUCGAGAACUUGUUGAUCCUACCGCAAGACGGCUCGAGAACUUUUGGACUCGCAUCUUAGGUGGUAACCGCCGUUAUCUUCCCGGUAAAGUUGUUGCACGACUCUUCCAAAGCAUAUCCGAGGAGGAAAGCUUUGUCAAAUUGCGCGGGCCACCAAACCGAUACGAACCACCUUCACCUGAAUCGAAAAUUGAAUUACCCAAGUUUCGAACUAACGUCGAACUAUCUGGAGGAGGAUCCUCGGUAUCAAGUACAAAGAACAAGGCGGAAACUACGAAAACUGCGAAAGCCACACCGUCAUCUUCAGCCAAGUCAUCAUCGACGAAACAACCACAUCCUAUAUUGAAGAAGCCUAGGGGGCCUUCAAGUACUGGGCCGCGCCCUACAGCUCGCUUUGUCUCACCGCCAGGAUCUGACGGGGAGGGUGACGAUGGGAAAGAUAGUGAGAUAGCUUCAUCUGGAAGCACAGCGGUCCACCAUAGUGGUGAUUCGAAGGGAUCCAGCAACUCCACAGCCAAAGAGGAAAGGAGGAAAAUGACGAGUGCGAAUUCUAAAAAGAAGACUAACUUCGUAGCUUCCACAGCUUCCAAACGCAGACCAGCUAUGCCUCGACGUAUAAGCUCUCAGUCUUCCACUGCUGUUGGUGGAUCUGAGGCUGGGUCUAAGGAACGGGUCCCCUCCCUCGGUUCGAGAAACUCUGGACAAGGUUCGAUUCCGACAAACCCCGAAAAGCCGACCAAAGGUGUUGCAACGGAAACGGUCGAGGCUAGUGAAUGGCUGAGCGCGAAGGCUGCGGGGAAACGACCAGUUGCUCGACUGUCGCCUGACAAAUCGAAUACACAAACCCUGACUAGUACACCGACGAGCGAUAACGGCAGCGUCCCUUCGGGAGUCAGAGACGCACGCCCCAAUUUGACGCAGCUAGGAUCUCCAGCGAAAAUCAAAAAUAAAGUCAUUACGGCCGAUACUAGCCACAUGACAGGGAGCAAAGGAGGAAUUGCUCACAGGCGAAGCGAUACACAAGACCAGCCACGCCUAGAGGUCGCCCCUUUCGUGCCUCGAUCAAGAUCAGAUAUGGGCUCUUCGCGCCGUAGCUCACAGGAGUUGACUCGUAGUCGAGCCCCUCCACAGGGCUUGAUAGCUUCAAGCACGACAACCGUCUCGAACACCACUGUCCAGGGAACAAUUCUUGAAUAUGAUGAAAAAUCACCGAUCAGCGAAUUGGCCCUGAGUCCUGUGUAUGGAAAAGAAGAUAGUGGCUCGACCGGUUCUAGGAGAUCCGGAAAUUCGAUUCUUGACACUCGUCUCACCCCUACCCAACCGAGUCCAACACCGAGCGUGCCACUUGGCCGGUCUAAAAGCCAACUUACCUUGUUACUCGAACGUCAAGGCGACAAGAAGACACGUCGAUAA